AGAGCGCAGCGCCCCCUGGUUGGCACAAAAGCGCGCACCCGACGCUCUCUUCCUGUUCGCUUCGUUAGUUAGUUUCAUCGGGGCACCAUACGCAACGGCAGAGCCAACCGGACGCCAAUCCAAGGUGUCUGCGGCAUCACUUCCCUUCCUCGCCGGUGUGUUUGCCGGCGGCAGCGGGCCAAAUAAAACGGGCAAGGAGGCACCGGGGGUGAGUAGGGGCGCAGUGCCUUUCCGCCGGCGCCGGCACGUGUCGACCUCCAAGUCAUCCGCAGCCGUAAACACCGCAUAUAGCGAGUCGCGCCUCGCACUACGAUGAAACCGGCCCGAAGACGAGAAUCAUGGAGGUCGCUGGCCUCGGAUAAAGCCUUUGUUUUGUCUUACGAGCCUUCGGGGAUUCCCGAAUAGUGUAAUUACGAAGACACGUGAAUACACGUGGUUUCGUGUACCUAUGCAGGUAACGGACGUCCAUAGGCUAUAUGACCGUAAACCGUGCGCCGACCAUUCAAAGGGGUGUGCCGUGGCGAACAUCGCGGUGAGACCCACUGGCGGAGCUUCACUCCAGCUAAAAACUAAAAGAAAAAAAAACAAGUCUGCAUACUUUCGGGCUAAUGGGAGGGUAGGAGGACUAUGAAUAUACCCGAACAAGGUCAAUGCGACCAAUUUUGUCAUCGUCAAGAGACCAGACGGGCGAGUAUGAAGAGGAGAGAGUGCACAUUUAGCACGUCUGAUAUUAUGGUGGAUUCAGCCUCACUGACGGUCCACAGCGCGACCAAGUCAUGUCGUCGUCGGCGCCCCCGCUGCGCGUUGCCGUGCUCGGGUCCGGACCAUCGGGCCUCGCUGCGGCCAAGUCGUGCCUCGAGGCCGGCCUCGAGCCCGUCGUGUUCGAACAGGCGGAGGCGCUGGGCGGCCUUUGGCGCUUCCGCGACGACAGUUCCCCGGGACAACCGUCGGUGAUGCGCUCGACGGUGAUCAACUCGAGCAAGGAGCUGACGGCGUUCAGCGACUUCCCGCCUCCAGCGCACUUUCCGAACUACAUGCACCACUCGGUGCUGCUCGAGUACCUGCAGAUGUACGCGCGCCACUUUCGAGUCAGCGAGACGAUCCGCUUCAAGCACCAGGUGCUACGGCUUGCUCCCGCCCACGACCACCAGCACAGUGGCAGCCCCGCCGAGUUGGUGUACGGUAGGUCAUUGCGCUCACCUUUGAGAAUGGUGCGCGAAGCGUGGGAAGGACAGGGAGAAGAUCCGACCGUGGUAGAGUUCAUUCUCAAUCUACUGGAGCGGCUAUAUAAGGCCAAAGAACUUGUGAAGGUGUACCUGAGCACGCGUCGCGGCUCCUGGGUGCUGCACCGGGUGGCGCCCAAUGGCUUGCCCAUGGACACGCUCAUCCAGCGCCGCUACUUCCAGCACCUGCCCCUGUGGGUGCUGAACCACAUGGCGGAGCGCGAGUGCCAGAGGCUGCUCAACCACGACCUGCUCGGCCUGAAGCCCCGGCACCGCCUGUUCCAGCAGCACCCGACCAUCAACGACGCGCUCGCCAACCGCGUGCUCAGCGGCACGCUCGUCAUCAAGGGCGACGUCGACGAGUUCACCGAGACGGGAGUCCGCUUCCGAGGGGACGCCGAGGACACCAAGGUCGACGACGUCGUGCUCGCCACGGGAUACGACAUCAGAUUCCCGUUCCUGGAUGAGUCAUUGCUGCGGGUUGAUAGCAAUCGGCUUCCCUUGUUCAAGUACGUGUUUCCUGCACACAUGGAACAUCCAGAAACUUUGAGCUUCUUAGGCUACAUCCAGCCGCUCGGCGCAAUCAACCCCAUCGCCGAGAUGCAAGCGCGCUGGGUCGUCCAGGUGCUGUUAGGCAAGGUCCAGUUACCUUCCAAGGAGGAGAUGCUGUUCGAUGUAGAGCGCACGGAUACGGCGCAGCGCUCCCGCUAUGUGUCCAGUCCACGGCACACCAUUCAGGUGGACUACAUGCCGUACACGCGCGACCUGGCUCGCCGCAUCGGCGCCGACCCAAGCCUCGCUAUGGCGCUGCUGCAGCGGCCUGGGCUUUUCUGGGCACUUCUCACAGGGCCCCAAGUGCCCUACAUGUUCCGUCUGCAGGGGCCGCACAUGUGGCAUGGCGCGGCUGAUGCCGUGAUCGGCACCCAGCAGCGCAUCGAGGCGCCGAUCAGGACGAGGCACGAUUCAGCCGUUUUAGACGACAGCAUCAGCGUCUCUUCAGCGCGCCAACUGAACAAGCUCUUGGGCACCGACAAGAUUGUUUCACACGCUCUCGAAAUGGCCAUCGUCAUCCUCAGCGUGUGCGUGGUCGUUGUGCCGCUGCUUGUGAACUACCUGUUCUCGUGAUGACGUGUGUGCACGCCACCCUUUCUGUUGAAGAACACUUCGUGUGGGUAAAGGAGCUGUUACCCAAGGGCCAACACAAGAAGCAUCGACAGUCAAUGCGGCUACUUUGUGUGAGAAAGGGGAAGGGGUUUUAACUACCCUUUGCCUAUGUUCGUGCGUGAGUUUGCAUAUUAACGCGAUAGCGUUAAAGAGCUCGUUUCGCAGCAAUUCCGGCGUUGGUGGUUGUGAGCUAAACAUCAUCUUAUGCGUGACCGAAAAAUCAAGAACUAUGCAGAUAAAAUAAAUAAUAAUAAAUACCUUUGUCAGAGUGGGGACCGCACCAGUGUUGUUCGGGUACGAGUGGGGAUCCAGCCCCAGGUCGUUGGCGUGUCAAGUGGAUGUUCUAUCACACGGCCACGUCUCUGCUUCUGAAAACAGUGAAAAGAAUUUCCUCUGCUC